AUGGGAAAAACAAAAGAUCUUUUCAAGAAAAUUAGAGACAUCCAGAGAACAUUUCACACUAAAAUGGGCAUGAUAAAAGACAAAAAUGGUAGGGACCUAAACCUAACAGAAGUGGAAGAGAUUAAGAAAAGAUGGGAAGAAUAUACAGAAGAACUGUACAAAAAAAAUCUCAAUUUCACUGAUAACCAUGAUAGUAUGAGCAUUGACCUAGACCCAGACAUUCUACAGAGUGAAGUUAAGUGGGCUUUAGAAAGCAUUGCCAACAACAAGGCUAGUGAAGGUGAGGGAAUUCCAGCUGAGCUUUUUGAAAUAGUAAAAUAUGAUGCUGUUAAAGUGCUGCACUCAAUAUACAAGCAAAUCUGGAAAACACAGCAAUGGCCACAGGACUGGAAAUGGUCAAUUUACAUCCCAAUCCCAAAGAAGGGAAAUGCCAAAGAAUGUUCAAACUACCGAAUAAUUGCCCUCAUCUCACAUGCUAGCAAGAUUAUGCUAAAGAUUCUGCAAGCUAAGCUUCAGCAAUAUGUGAACCGUGAACUACCAGAAGAACAAGCUGGUUUUCGAAGAGGCAGGGGAACCAGAGAUCAAAUUGCCAACCUACCCUGGAUUAUGGAGAAAGCAAGAGAGUUCCAGAAAAAACAUCUACUUCUGCUUCAUUGA